AUGGAUUCUGCCACCCAACGCCCACGGUGCAACUUGACAACGGAAUGGGCUGGGGCAGGCCGACGAAACUUUACAGCUCACAGAGCUCAUUACAGGCCAUUAGACUCCGGUUCGCAUGGCAUUGGGCUUGCCCAGCCCCGCGCCGUGUCCCAUUGGGGUCCGGACAGACCCAGGUCAUGGGAGGCAUCCUGGCAGCUUACCCCGCCAUCUGAUCAGGGGUUUUGGCCUGCGUCAUGCGGAACCAGGCCCCCUCAACACGGACUACAGCGCACUGGAUGGAACUCCACUCAACAGGGUAGUUUACAGCCUGUUCAGGUGAUUGCCCAGUGCUGCGCUGGGUAG